AGCUGUCACUGUGGGUCCGGGUUCUCCAGCGAGCUGCCGUGUGAUUCCGCGCCGCACGUCGGGCUCUGCUUGUAUCUGAGCCGUGCAAACGCACAAGACACGUCCCCCGGGAACACACGCUCAUCAGGACACUUUCCUCCGCGAGUUACAAGAAGGCUCAAGAUGAAGUUAGACAGGGGUUGGAUGUGGCAUUUGCUGCUCCUGUCCUCCCUGGCUGUUGCCACGGUUGUGGCCCAGGAAGAGCUGUCAGAGGCUGAUGUAGCAGACGUCGAUGACGAUAUGGGCCUUGACGAGGAAUUAAAGGUUCUGAUGGCAGAAGAAGAAGAAGAAGAGGAUGUGGCAAUGGUGAUGGAUGAGGAGUUGUCUGAUGAAACCGAUGGCAAGGACACAGCAAGUGGGAAGGCUGAAAUGGAUGAAAAUGUCUCUUUCCAGGUAAAAUAUGUGACUCCUGUUCCCACGGGAUAUGUGUACUUUGCAGAAACGUUUGAUGACGGAUUGCUGGGAAGAUGGCAGCUGUCAAAGAUGGUGAAGGGGGACGCAGAUGAAGAAACUGCCAAAUAUGACGGGAAGUGGGCUGUGGAGCAGCUGAAGGAGAACAAGGUUCCUGGAGACCAGGGCCUGGUGCUCAAGUCCCGCGCCAAACACCACGCGAUUUCUGCUUUGCUGGACAAACCCUUCGUCUUCCAGGAUGAUCCUGUGGUCAUACAGUAUGAGGUGAAUUUCCAGAAUGGUAUUGACUGUGGUGGAGCAUACAUCAAACUGCUCUCAGAUGCUGGGGAUCUGGAGGAGUUCCAUGACCAUACACCCUACACCAUUAUGUUCGGACCGGACAAAUGUGGCGAGGACUACAAGCUGCACUUAAUCUUCCGCCACCAGAAUCCUCUGACCAAAGAUUUGGAGGAGAAGCACGCUAAGAGGGCCGACGUGGACCUCAAGAAGUUCUACACGGACAAGAAGACUCACCUCUAUACAUUGGUCCUGAACCCAGACAACAGCUAUGAGAUGCUCAUCGAUCAGUCCAGUGUGAGCCGUGGGAACUUGCUGCACGAUGUGGUGCCUCCAGUCAACCCUCCCAAAGAGAUAGAUGACCCAAAUGACUCCAAGCCCGACGACUGGGACGAGAGGACCAAGCUCCCCGACCCUGAGGCUGUCAAGCCUGAUGACUGGGAUGAGGAUGCACCUGCUAAGAUUGAUGACGCUGAUGCUUUGAAGCCGGAGGGUUGGCUGGACGAUGAAGCAGAGUUUGUUCCUGACCCAAAUGCUGAGAAACCAGAGGACUGGGAUGAGGAGAUGGAUGGAGAGUGGGAGGCACCACAGAUUCCUAAUCCAGCCUGUGAGACUGCUCCUGGCUGUGGGGAAUGGAAGCGCCCCAUGAUCAACAACCCUCAAUACAAGGGCAAGUGGAAAGCCCCACUAGUGGACAACUCCAACUAUCAGGGAGUGUGGAAGCCACGUAAGAUUGAUAACCCUGACUAUUUUGAAGACCUGCUGCCGUUCAGGAUGACACCUUUCAACGCCCUGGGCUUGGAGUUGUGGUCCAUGACCUCGGAUAUCUACUUUGACAACUUCAUUAUCACCUCUCACAAGGAGGUGGCCGACCGCUGGGCCUCUGACAGCUGGGGGCUGAAGAAACUGGUUGCUAGUGCUAAUGAGCCGGGGAUUUUUGCCCAGCUGAUGUUGGCUGCAGAGGAACGACCGUGGCUCUGGGUGGUCUACAUACUGACAGUAGGCUUGCCAGUAGGACUGGCUGUGCUCUUCUGCUGGCCAAAGAAACCAGAGGAUGACUACGUGUACAAGAAGGUGGAUGUGCCCCAGGCUGAUGUAGAAGAGGAGGAGGAAGAGGAGGAUGCAGUGGCAGAUGAGGAAGACAAAGCUGCUGAGGCUGCAGAAGGAGCAGCAGCUGCAGCAACAGAAGAGGCUGAAGAGGAGGAGGAGGAAGAGGAGGAGGAGGAGGAAGAAGAAGAGGAGGAGGAUGCAGAUGUAGGAGGGGACAAUCUAGAGGGGGAUGAUGAUGAAGAAGAAGAUGAGGAGGAGGAGGAGGAUGGAGAAGAGGGAAGCCAAGCUCCAGAAAGAACAUUAGAAGACAAGCAGAAGGAGGGUGAAGAUGUCGGCGAGGAGAGCCAAAAACAAGCUGUGAGAAAGAGGCGGGUACGGAAAGACUGAAGAGAUGAAGGUCACGCCUACUGUCUCCUCGCUCCCCCUAGAGGGGUGGAGAUGGCCGCCGCUCCCCCCUCUCUGAGCGGAGCCGCAUGUAAUUCCUCAAAACCCACUUGGUAGCCUGCAGUCAUCCUGGCUGCCCCAUCCACAUCUCGCCCAUCCCUCUGCUUCACCCCCCACAGGUCCACAGUCUCCCACACCACAUCCUUUAACUCCUCGUCGACUCAGUCCACCAUCACAUGAAUCAUAGAGAUUUUGUGCAUUUAGCUGUUUUCCCCUCCUGCCCUCUGAGCUUCCACGCUUUCUUCACCCCACCCCUCUAUAAGCUCAUUGCUGUCAAAAUGCCUGUCAGCCUAUCCACCCCCCCCCCUCCCGUGUUUGCCGUAAGUCUUCUCGCUGAACAUGCACCGUCAUAGAUCUGUCACCUCUGAGAGGGAAGGCAGCACACAGUCUGUGCUCUGCUGCCGACUCCAGUCUUUUGUACCAUUUCACAGCAUAUCGUAGGGACUACAUCUCAGACGUUAGACUUUAUUCUGGUGCCCUUUCUUUAUAAUGAACUUGUGGGAGGACACGGUUCCUUCACUAUUUGAAAUAGUUUGGGUUACGAGAACAGGCCAGAGGACGCCAGGCUGUGUGAGAUGUCUCUGCAUUUUCAGAGCGUCUCUGGGAAGUCGCCUCAGCUUAGGUUUCAUAUAUUAUUACCUCUUUAAAAGUGGAUGUUCUGUAGAUUUUAGCAAGUUUGUCAGGAGCAUCAGUUUCUUUUGUGUUUUUUACUGAGUUAUAGCUGUUCAAAAAUCGAGUUUUAGCACAUAACCCUAUUUAUUGGUUUUGUUUAAACUUUGUUUUAUUAAUGCAGUGUUUUGAAUGACUUGAGGCAGUGUUCUGAAGAUGCCACUGAUGACCUUAUUCUGAGCUUCAGCUUGUUUGAAAUGUUUAUCAUCGCUUGUAGAAGAAAUAGAUCAUUUUGUCAAAGACAGAAUGAAUAUGGGGGUUUCUGGAUGGACAUGUCUCAUUCAGUCAGCAGCACACAGCAGUGCUUUCCCAUAAUAUCUAGACUGGUUGGAGUUAGGCUCUAGGUAGAUGCUGGGAAAGAAGUUGAUGCUAAUUUAUUUGUUUUAUAUUAUUGUUUCAAGCUUUUGUAGUUCAUUCUUACCAGAAGCAUCUGGCAGAACACGCCGUUUACAUUUGUUUGCAAAUUGUACAUUGCUCUUGAAAAUAAAAACAAUUUAAUACAAA